AUGUCGAAAUUGACCCCAGAAGGAACAAUUCCAAUAUUGGAUAGUGGACCUAAAACAAAAGAAAGAAUAGUGGAAUUAGAGGAAGGUGCUCCUAUUGUUAGAACGAAGAAAACAAGUAAAGAAUUGCCUAAAUACCUACUUAAGAUGAUUUUACCACCAUUAGAAUCGUUUCGACUUGAAGAAUAA